AUGCCUGAGCUCGUGUCCGUUGAUGCCUUAGGGCGCGAUAGUAUUGCAGGUCAGACAGCUCCGGAAAAUGAUACUCGACGGGAUAUGACACCUGUUACACUAACGAAACUCUUGGAGGACCAGACCCAAGUGUUACGCCAUUUGGUUGAGAAACAAGGGGAAGUAAUAGAGUCGCUUGCUGGGUUACAUGGUGUCCUGUCACGGAUUGACAACAGACAAGCAGCAGCUGACCAUACGUGGCAACCGAUCCCUCAAAUACCAGCGUCCAGCUCCAGUGCUUGGAAUCCGCUAUACGACUCGAUGAUGCAGAAGUCGAUCACGCCUGCCGUGGAUCGCUAG